GAGGGACGAGAUGGGAUUGGGGAAGGGGAGGGUGAAGGGGUCGUCUGGUCGCCAGCCAGCCCCGGGCCGCAUGCCGGCCGGUGCGGCCGCGGCGCCGUGCCGAGGGCGCAGUUGGGCGCGGCGCUCCGCCGGGUGGAGGUCAAGCAUGUCGCCGUCGACGGCCCUGUUACUGCUGGUGGUGGCGGCGGCGGCCGGCGCGGCGGCGGGCGCGCGCAUCCUGGCCGUGCUGCCGCACGCGGGCCGCAGCCACCACCUCGUGUUCGAGCCGCUGCUGCUGGAGCUCCAGCGCCGCGGCCACGACCUCACCGUCCUCAGCCACUUCCCUUCGGGGGGCUACACCCGCGAGCUGGACCUGCGCGGCACCAUGCCCGUCCUGGACUCGGUGCUGCCUCUGGGCGUGCUGCAGUCGCUCAACCCGUUCACGGACUACAUGACCAUCGCGCGCAUCGGGCACGACUCGUGCGAGCCCAUCCUGACGCUGCCGGCCGUGCGCGCGCUGCUCGCCUCCAACGAGACGUUCGACCUGGUGCUCGACGAGGCCUUCAACACGGACUGCUUCCUGGGGUUCGCGCACCGCUUCGGCGCGCCGCUCGUGUCGCUGAGCUCGAGCGUGCUGAUGCCGUGGGCGGGCGCGCGCGUCGGCAACCCCCUGAACCCGGCGCUGCAGCCCAACCUCUUCCUCUGGUUCACGGACGCGAUGACGCUGUGGGAGCGCGUGCUCAACGCCGCGUACACGGCGCUGGUCAACGUCGUCAAGGCCCUGCACUGGGACCGGCUGGCCCAGCGCGUCGCCGACCGCAACUUCGGACCGGGACUCCCCCCGCUCCGACAGCUCGCCAGGAACGCCUCCCUGCUGCUCGUCAACGCCCACUUCAGCGUCAACCUGCCCCUCGCCGAGGUGCCCGGCGUGGUGGAGGUCGGCGGCCUGCACAUCCCCGACUACGCCAGGACCCUGCCUAAGGUCAAUGUCUGCUUGUUCGACCCGCGGUGACGUCACUGCAGGGGGUCGCUGGACCGGGGACACGCUCCUCCUUGAGCUCCCUGGAGGUCGUCCCACCGUAGCGGCAGAUUGGAGCACGCGCUGGUGCUGGUGCGGGAGGGUUUGCCUCUCACUGGGGCCAUGGUGCCUUCGGGGUGGACGUCAUUUGCCGCUAAGAAAUUGCCAAGCUCAGCCUGAGGAAUCUCUCAGAGCGCCUGGUAGGUAGGCAACAUCUGCCCUGCAGUGUAUGCGUGUACUGCAGGGUGGCCUACCAUCAGUCUCGCAGGCGCUGAGCUCUCGUAUUUUGCGGCAUGCAUUUUUGGA